AUGUGGUUAAAUUCUGAUAGCAACUCUGAUGUAAAAAUGAUUGCUGGAAGUGAACCAAACAUUAAAGAAUUUAGUGUACAUUCAUCAGUUUUACGUUCUUGCUCUCUUUAUUUUCAAAGGGCUCUAUCAGAACGAUGGAAGGACCAAAAUAUGGUAUAUAUUUAUGCAGGAAAAAAUAUAUUGAAUACAUCACCUGAAGAUUCUUUAAAAAUACUGGUCGCAUCUGAUGAACUUGAACUUCUUGAUCUUAUUGAAUGUGGAUAUAAUCCUGUAAACUGGGGUGGAUUUACUGCAAAGAUCGAUGAAUUAAAAUUAGAUGAUUUUACUCGAUUAGAAAAUUCUAAUGGAAUUCAAUCAGAUUUAUGCAUGAAAGGUUCAAAUUAUUGGACUAGUAACUUGAGAACUUAUGAAAAUAGAAUAACUCAUCCGGGCCAGUUAAUUGUUGAAGAAUAUGAAGUAUUGGCAUUUGAUAAUUAUAAUCCGAUGAUGAAUAAUGCAAUUCUAAAAAUUUUGAGAAUGUGUAAAUCUCCUUGUAUUGUCAAUACUAAUAAAGAACUUGAUAUACACUGUCGUUACAAGAAAUCAUAUUUCCUUUUACAAGUCACCAAUCGCCAAUUUUAUAGCGAAGAAUAUUUAGUAAAGGCUUACCGUUCAUUCAACAGAUUUUUAGAUGAAAUUCAUGAUAUUGAUACUUUUUAUAACCGUCUUUUUGUUAUAAAAUUAGUUGAAGUAGCUGAAGAGUUAAAAAGUAGGUUUCGAUAUCAAAACUCUGAUCAAAAUAUCAUUUACAAUGAGAAUGAAGUAAUUAAUAUAAUUAAAAGUUUUGGUGAUAACACAGAAGAUCAGUUUUAUCAAUUUUAUGAAUCUGAUACUAGACAUAAACAACUAUGGGAAGAAGAAAUUAGAUUCAUCGAAAAUUUAAAAACUAUCGAACUUAUAAAAAUCAGACAUUCUUAUAAUUUAGGCGACAGAAAUUUUAAUCUUGAUUACUGUAGAUUUGAUUUUGUUGAUAAAAAUUUUAAAUUUGUAGUUCGUUAUGAAAAUACUGAAAUCUACGAUCAACAAGAAAAUUAUCUGGUAGAUUUUGAUAAUGGAAUUUCUGCUCAUAUGCCACCAGAAGUUUGGGGUAUAUACAUUACAAAAGGUAACCCUCAACAAAUGAACGAUUUGUGUCAAAAAUGUAACACCUUAAACAGAACAAUUUAUAUUCUUAACCAAAUAUUUGACACUUCUAUUCCCGAUGAUCGUAGAAAUAUUAUUCAAGAAAUCGAUAAUAGUAAACACUUACUUCAAUAA